UUCAAAGGGUGUAGAAGAUAGUUAAUAAUAUAAUUUGCUUUAUAGUUUGUCUAAAGAAGUUGUAACUAAAUUUUUAUUGAUUAUGAUGAUUUUACACGAAAUUACUUAUUUCUAGUUAUCGUGUUGCAAAUCUUCCAUCCUAUAGAUCUGUUUCAGAAGGAUCUUAUAUAAAAUUAAAGUAAGUUAGUCGCCCAAAGUCUCACUCAGUUUGACUCUGUCUCAUUUCUUCUUUGCUACUUCUUCUACUUCAGCCUCAGGCAGUUCUAAUCAAACUGAAAACAAACACUCUUCAGAAGUGCAAAUUUAGUUGUAGAUUUGUGUAAAGAAAAUAAGCACGUGAAUUCUAAAGCUAGUCCUACCACUGUAAGUGUAACCAGGCAAUAGGUUUUAUCAUUUUUGGAAAAUGGAGACGAUUUUUCAUGAAAAGCAAGAAGGCUCACUCUGUGCCCAACAUUGCUUAAACAACUUGCUACAAGGUGAAUAUUUUACAGCUGUUGAAUUGGCAGCCAUUGCAAAUAGCAUAGAUGAAGAGGAAAGAAGAAGGAUGGCUGAAGGUGGUACUAAUAAUGAAGAUUAUCGAAAGUUUAUUGAGCAGCCCUCCGGAAAUAUGGAUGAUAGUGGUUUUUUCUCUGUGCAAGUUCUAGCCAAUGCAUUGAAAGUAUGGGAUCUGGAGUUAAUACCAUUCAGCAGUCAAAAUCCUGUGGCUCAAGCAGCUCAAACAAAUCCAUACUUGCAAAAGGCAUACAUUUGUAACUAUCGAGAACACUGGUUUGCUGUAAGAAAGUUUGGCCAACAAUGGUUCAACCUCAACUCAUUAAUGACGUACCCUGAACUGAUUUCUGAGACAUAUUUAGGACUGUUUCUUGCUCAGCUUAGACAAGAAGGUUAUUCUAUAUUUGUUGUGGUUGGGAUAUUUCCAUCUUGUGAGGCAGAUAAAGUGCUAAGUGUGAUGCCUGCUGUCCAGACUCAAAAACCUUGUCUUUUGUCACAAGCAUCUAAAAAGAGUCAACAGGCAACAGGUAGGGAAAUUGACCAACGUUCUAGUGUUUCCAGCUCUUCCCAAGAAUAUCAAUAUGAUGAUGAUGAAGAUACCGCUUUGCAAGCAGCAUUACAGAUGAGUUUGGACUCUAGUCAAGCUAGUGAAGCAGCACAACUGCAAGCUGCCUUGGCUUUAAGCAUGGAAGCAGAGAAUCAUUGAUAUGAUCUAAGUAGCUUAUAUUUUAUAAGGUUCUUUAAGAAUUUGUUUACAAAAUCUGCCUUAAUUACUGUCUUAUCCUGUAAAUUAUGUUCUUUAAUCGUGGUUCCUGUGAACAUACUGUGUAUUCUUGUGAAAAAAGGUUUCUUACAUAUGCAUGUUAAAAUUCGUAGUUAAAACAUCAAUUAUGAAAAAAAAUGGAAGAGAACACAUUUUUUGUAUUUUUUUUAACACAUGAAUUUAAAUUGUUUUGGUUGCAAAAUUGUUAAUGUCUUAAAAGUAUAUUUAAGUGUUUAACUAAGGUCAUAUAAGUAGAAGCUUGUUUGUUUGCAGCCAUUUCUGUUUAAUCAUUGUUUCUAAAAAUAUGUGAAUAAUACGAUUAGGGAAGGAAUAAUCUUUAAUGACACAACUAGCAACUUUUUGAUAGUAGUAACUAUGAGAAUUUUCAUCAAUAAAUAAGAUUGAAAAUUUGCAAGAAUUAAGAACUAAAUGAUCAAAGCAAAUAGUUUGUUUUGUGAACUACACUUAACUGUUGUUGAAGUUAAAUGCAGAGUUGAAGGUAAGCUUUAAAAUUUUUCUUAUUUAAUUUGCAAUUUAAAUAGAAAUAUGAGAACUGGUGUUAUUCAGCUUAAUUUCAAAUAAAAUAAUUUUCAUAUUUAUCCUAAAAAAGUGCCAAUUAGACAAACAUUUAAGUUAAUAGUUUUAACAUAAGGUCAACAAGUAGUAAAUCAUUACUGACUUUUUAUUACAUCAUUGCUGUAAUUAAUUAUCCAUUUAUUUUGCUUUAAAAAAUUUUCAAAAGUUUUGUAAAUAAAACCUUUUAAAUGCUAAUUCCUUUAGGAGAAGUUUUGAAAAUUCUGUAGUAUCUACACUGAGGAACCAUAUUAGUACAAUAUUUAAUGGAUUAAAUUAAAAAACAAUUAAGCAUAAUAUAUAUGUACCAACUCACACUUCUUGCUUUAUCACCUAAUAUUCAUUUCAUGGUUUUUGAUCAUUUAUAAAAGAAAUUUAGUUAUUUUAAAUAUUAAAAGUAAUUGCUGAAAAUACAACAUAUUUUGAAAGGCAGAUUAGUGUGAUUAGAGAAGGAUGUUAUAUUUUUUUUUAAUAAUUUAAUAAUUAAAAGUACAUUUAUUCAAGCAAUAGAAUUUUAAUUAUUGAUUAAAUAAUGUUUAUAUUCAUUCUUGUUAAAUUAAUUUUAUCCCUUAAUUAUAAUAGAUUUAUUACAAAUACAAUAGAAAUUAUAAUUAACCCAAGAGCUUUUAGCUCAUUCAGACUAACAACAUUAAUUAUUUAGUAUUAAAUUUAAUUAAUCACAUUCAAUUUAAAAACUUCAUUUCAUGGUUUGGUCAUUUACAUAAUAAAUUUAGUUGUUUGUUUUAACAAGUACAGAAGUAAUUGCUGAAAAUUUAGUCUGUCCUUCAAAUAUAUUAAUGUGAUUACAAAGCAUAUAGUUUCUUUAUUAUUAAGAGUUUAAUUUUAACAGAAUGCAGCCUACUUGUAAAAAUGGAUAUAUAUGUUUUUAAAGGAAUCAUUUUACAUUGCAUCUUUGCUGUUAUAAACUAUAACUGGAUAAGAAAAGCAAAGUUAGAAUAUUGGUUAAUUAAGGAAAGAUGAAAUUGCAGAACACACAAGUUAAUCAACCAAAGAAGUCGCAGUGAUUAAUUCUUAGAUUGUAAUUUUUAAUUAAAGACACCAGUCAUAUAAUUAAUUAUUAACUUUAAUUAACCAGAAUUUUUUUACUAUAAAACUGACAAAAAUUAACAUAUUUUGGGCCUAGACUAAAUUAAUGUCAAAGAAGAGACCCAUAGAUAGGAACUUCCCUAUUUCUCAAACAAUAAAUAUUCAGACACUUAAAAAUGUGUACUUAUUUGAUGUGCAAGAGUAAACCAGCAAGUAAAGUUUUAAUAAUUUGAAGCUACAUUGUAAAUAUGAUUUUAAUCCAAAAAUGUGUAAUUUACAACAUUCUCAUCAAUAUUGAUUUUUUUACCUGUAGCUGUAUAGAUUUACAAAACAAUAUCUGUUCAAUAUUUCAGAUGAAAUAAUGAACUUCUUUGCUUUGUGGUAAUCAAUCUGGCUGUUAGCCAGAAAAACUUGCAAGGAUUUAAGUGGGUUGUUAGUUAUUUACAUAUAAUACAUUGAAAUACAUCGAUAAAGGUGGCAAAUGUUUUUGCUUUCAGAACUUCUGUUCUUUUUUGAACCAUAGGAUAAUGCAUAAUGGAUUGAGAAAUGCUGAGAAUUAAAGGUCAAUUUAUGAUAUAAAACUAAUAUCUAAAAACCUGCUUAUAAAAUUAAAAACUAAAUACUAGGAAGUUUUUUUUCACGUAGGUGUUACAUUAGCUCACUUUCCAACUAGGCCAUUAUGACUACUCGUCUGGAAUUUAUGGAAGCCCAUUCAACAUUCAUUAUUCAUUAUCUACACAUCUUUUAGAAUGCUGAUAAGUUUCUGCAAACAUACAUUUUUAUGUGUGAUAAUAUCAAAAUUAUAGGCCUUUUAAUAUUCCAACAAUAUAGAUUAAUAAUAAAAACACUGGCAUGAUAACUAUCAUGUGCUGCACUCGUUGAAGGUUAAUGAGCAUCAUUCACAUGAACAGUACAUAUUUUUACAGUAAUAAACUUUUUUCACCUAAGGGGCAUCUAAAUAGGGUUGGAGGAACUGAGAGAUUAGACAGUUAUUUUUGUUAGGCCUCUGUGUGCAAUAUAAAUGUUGUUCAUAGAACAAUAAAAUGCUGUAAAAUCUAAGGAACAUUAACAGCGAAAGUGCUAAUGACUUUAGAACAGACAUGUUAUGUGAAAUCAUAAAUGUCGGGAGUCUGAGCUUGGAAAGGUUACAUUUCAACUACGGACAUGACUCAUCAUGUGCCUAUUCUCUUUAUAGGGGUGAUUACUAUACAUGGCAACAUUUAGAUGAACACUUGAAAAUACAGUCAUGCUCAGGCUCUAUAACAAUAACAAAAUACAUUUCCAGAAACCAACAAAAAUUAUUAACUUAGUUGUUAAUCAAGGUUAACUUAGUUUUAGCAUGUUUUUUACUAGUUUUACAUUUUAAACACUGCUUAAUUUAUUAUUCAUCAUACUAGUUUUAAAAUAUAAAAAGCACAGUUGUUAAACCUGUGCAAUGGUUCUCGGGGUAAGUCUUGUCACACACACGUUUUCUGUAAUUUAAUGUUAGAAAAGAUAAGAAGCAAUCAGUAUAUUUUAUGAAAUUAUUAAAUUUAUGUAGAAAAAUUAAUUUUGAUCUGAAAUGUAUGAAAAGACUAUUGAUAAUUUUUAUGUUAAUUACAAGGAAAAACAGCAAUUUUAUAAUUUUGUUUAGUCAAGUAAAUUUUUUAUUAAGUAACAUGCAUAAAAAAAUUACAAGCCAAAUAAAAAUGCUUUAAUUUAACAUUUAACUGGAGUAAACAUUUGCUGCUGUAAGGGACUCUCUUUCUUUGCUUAUUUUUUUAGAUCAUUUCUCAUGUGAAACAUUAUGGCCAACUUUGCAAUAAAAGUGUAACAUUAAAACAAACUUUCUAAAACUCACAAGUUUCGUCCUUGUUAAGAAAAGACUGUUGGUCUGAUAUUAUUGUAUUUGGAAAUUGUAAUUUUAAUUUGUAUAAGAGCAUUAUAUCUUAAAUGAUUCUGGACCUGGUUAUAAGAAACUAUUUUAGAUAUGUUGACUAAAUAUUAUUCUUCGAUAGCUUUUACACAACUUUUGUCAUGUUCAUUGUUUACCUAUUUUCUUUUCUCUGUCUGAUGUGUGAGAAAUGAUAGUGUUAGUCUUGAAGAUUUCAUAACAUCUAUUAAAAAACUAUUAAUCACUAUAAAUAUUAAUCGGGUAAGUAGCACCACGAAAGGUUGGAUUUUGGUUUCAUUUUGCUAACCUAUAUUUUCACAUAUUUUGAUGGCAAUUAACACUUGUUGGCUUAUUCAUGCUGCAAGUAUUGUAAAAUUCACUAAUUCUUUCAUAAAAUGCAUAUACUUUGCAUCAUGUUCAUUUAAUGCUGGUUGUCUGCGUGGCUAUUCAAGUGCAGUUUUUAGUUGCUAGUGACUGAUGACCCUUAAUAUGACCCCAGAUAUUGUAUGUAUUUAUAUAUUUCUCAUUUGUUUAUGUAAUAUUUCAUGACAUAACAUGUCUUCCUUUUUUCUUCUCUGAUGUAUAAUUUAUCCAUCGUUUUAUCAGAUUACAUCAAAAAAUAUGAGCGAAGGAGGUUGAAGCUAUUAUACAAUGAAAAACCAUACCAUCAGGUAGAAAAAAAUGACUGAAUUAGAUUUGAUAAAAAUAACUCAAUAUUUUGUUUUGAGAGAGCACAAAUUUUAUCUGUUUAGCUAGUCAUUUCUUAUAUCAUUAGAAAGCAUUCAAAAUUACCUAGUUUUGUUAUUAGACACUAUAUUAACUCCUACAUGAAAUUUCUGUUUUGCGAGCAACACUUGUACUUACACACUGAUAGCUUAAAAAAAGUCAUUUAGCCUAUUUCCAGUAUUUUCCAUCUAUGUUAUUGGGUUAGUUUAUUAUAAUUAGAAGUAGAAACAUAUUUGCAAAAACAACAUUAAAAACUCGUGAACACAAAAGAUCUACAGCUGUUUAGUAACUGGUAAUAAUGUCACCACGUGAGUGUUGUUAAAAUAGUAAUUAAAUUUUAUCUAUUAACAUUUCAUCUUGGCUACUAACACAAGUUGACCAGAGUGUAAUAAGUACCUGAACAAUCUUUAUGAGAUGAUGAUUACUGUGUAGAUCGAAAAGUUGGGAUAAAUGUCUGGCUUGCACCUGAAAGUAAUGUAUGAAGUAUGAGAGUGGAGUCUUUCCAACAUUGAAUGCAAGGAAAUCCAAACAUUAAAGCUUAAGAAAACAUACAAA